UUCCGCUGGAGAUCAGUUACAGGACUCAGACAAUGGAGAGUAAGUAAUACAAGAGCGUAGCAUUGCCAGAAUGAGGUUUUCCUCAAGACUUGAAAGUAGAAGAUUCUGCAUGGGGGUGGUAGGGGGACUCAGGAGCUGUGUGGGGAGCACACCACUCUUCUGAAUAAGAGAGGACUCUACACCAAGCAAGGGUGCAGACAGUAAGCUCAAUGUUAGCGAGAGAACUAACUAACAAAGAUUCACGUCUCAAAUCCGGAAUGGAAAGAAGUUCAGUGGGUCUUUUUGGCAAAAGAGCCUGGAUAUGGGAUGCAUAAAAGGUGAUCAGAGGAGUCAAAUUGUUGGGAUCUGUGUCCACUGCACUUUCAUGUGUUCCAGGGGCAUUCAUUGACAGAAUCCAUUGGUAUUCUGGGUCAGUCAUGGAUCCGAUUCCUCUCUGUUCUUUGAGAUGUACAUUGGAAGCUUCUGAAAUUUUAAUGAAGACACCAGAUCCGAGAAAGAGGCAGCCAGUGACAGGUGUGAAUUUGCAGGGCGCACAAGCAUCUGCCUGAGCUCCUGGUUCCCUGCAGAGCCUCCGAAGCAGCUGGGGACAGAGGCCCAAUGGCAACCGGAACCUGACCCGCUUAGACUUGGAAGAGAAUCCAAAGUGGUGACUGUAAGCCGUCAGGCUUCCAAACUGCCGGGAUCUCAGUUUGGAAGCCUGUUUGGAAGCCAGUUUACUGUGCGACCCUCUAGCUCCUGGGAGAAGAACCUGAGAGUGAGCGGGGCUGUUGCCAGGAUGACUCAGGGAUUCUGGAAGGUCUACAAGGCCAAAGUUCUACAGACCCUUGGCGGAGAGCUGCCGGAUGAGGAAUUCCAGGAUGAGAGAGAUAACCCUGAACUGAUGGAAACCACAGACUCAACCCUGCUGACAGAGGAGGGGUCAAAUCCUGUUUCUCAGCUGGCACGGCGGGUCCAGGGAGUUGGAGUCAAAGGCUGGAGAAGUGUCUCAUCUUUGUUCAGCCGGGAAGACGAACAUAAGUUGCUGGCUCCUGAGCCUUGUCCCGACCACCCACUGGCAGCCAGGCCAGAAGAGGACUCCCCUUCUGAAAAGAAGACAUCUGGCCUUUGGGACGUCUUUGCCACCAAGUGGCAGCAAACUUCAGCUCUGGAAAAGGCAGCUUCAAAGGCUGAGAGUGGAGACCAGAUGUCUGAGGGCGUUGGGGCAGCAGGAGAAAUGGCGGACGAGGAAGCCAGCUGCACCAGCCUGGACAACGACCUCCGAGACGCUGAAGGGGUGGCCUUCAAGUGGAGCUUCCUGACCAGCAAGCUGGCCGAAAUAAAGAACAAAAGUGCCUCUAAGAGCAACUAGGAAUGAACGUGAAAGAAAUGGACUUUGUGACAUAAGAGACAACCUAUUUCCAAGCAGGGAAAGUGUUUUUAGCCUCUCCGCACCCCCAUUUCUCCAGGAAUCUUUGACAGAACAGUCAGAGAUGAUGUGAAAGUCCCAGGGCCAGAGCUCAGUGUUAUCUAACCCUCAAAACAUUAGGAUGCCCCAGAUGUGUGUGUCUCGUGUAUCAAACCAUAUCCAUUCCAUCUCUCCCCUUCUCUGAACAUUGUUUUCUUGAGAUAAAAAAAAUAGACAGGUUGAAGCUUCUGCCAGAGGUUUUCUGCCCAGCAGUCUCAUUGUUUUCCAGGCUUGCAUGGUUUGACGACACUCUUGUGUGUUUUCUAAGGAAGCUUCCUCCUCCCAAGUGCUGAUCACCCAAGCGUCCAAUCAAAGUGUGGAGGAGGCAGCAGGGGAUCCUGAGUCAAAAUAGUGCGUUGGAUAGACUGAGAAGUCCUGGGUUCAAAUCCCAGAUCAGUCACAGAAGCUGUGGGCAAGUGACCAUCUCUCAGUCUAACCUCUCUUGUAGAGUUCUUAGGAGGACUGAAUGGGAUAGCUCCAGGCAUUUUGUUCUUAGAGGAUGACUGGGCUACAGGGGUUUUCAAUAGGAAAUAAACAAAUCCUUGCAUCAAGACCCUUCCUAAUGGGACCAGCAAUGGCACCCCAACACUGACAGGCUGGCCUUGCAGUUGAAGAAUGGCUCUGCAGUGUUUGAAUCCCAGGAGCCCCCUCUCUUAAGCAAAAGGGCCUUAGCUCAGUGGUAGAGCACCUGCUUUGGAUGCAGAAGGUCCUGGGUUCAACUCCCUGACACCCCCAAGGUGGGGCUGGGAGAGAAACCUUCCUGAAAUCCCAGGGAGCCACUGCCAGUCAGUGUAGACAAUACUGAACUAGGUGAGCCAAUGACCUGACUUGCUAGAAGGCAGUUUCCUAAGAUACAGGCUGCUUGACUCUGACAUUUAGAUGGUCUAAUUUGGUAUAAAUCAGCUUCCCAUGUUUCUAGCCUAGGAGGAUCUGGCUAUCAGCCCAACUGGGCAAGAAGCAGGAGCAUAGUCUAAAAAGAGCCAGGUGAGACUGACCAGGGGCUGACCCCUGGAAACCCCUCUACUGGGGCCUUACACUAGAUCAGGCAUAGGCAAACUCUGGCCCUCCAGAUGCUUGGGACUACAGUUCCCAUCAUCCCUGACCACUGGUCUUGUUAGCUAGGGAUGAUGGGACUGUAGUCCCAAACAUCUGGAGGGCCGGAGCUUGCCUAUGCCUGCACUAAAUACACACUUGCAAUCUAGAACAGUGGAGGAUUGGGGCUGCAGAUCUUGCUAUGGUUAUCAUCAUGCUCUAGUCACACAACUCAAGGCAAACUCCUAGUGAACAACUUGCUCUGACGAAGGCUCUUUCUUGGGCUUCAUCACCUUGUGGGGAGCUAGAGCCUCCUAAAGAUGGGCAUUCUUCUGCAUUCCACGGACUCCUGCCUGCCACGUUCUCUGCACAAUGGAACGGACAAGGCAGUUUGGGUGGCACUCAGAUACUUGAGCCUACAGGAAGUCGCCCAGGGGGAUUCAGCUUCAGCUUCUGUCAGCUGCUGAUCACCAACAUCAGACUCAGAGCCAGGAAUGCAACGUCUUAACCAGUGACACUGCAGCUUCCAACUCAUUGUCCUGGUUACUGCUGGACUCUGGGAUUAUGAGACUUAAUCCAUAGCCUGUCGACAGCCCAGGACUACCACUCACAUCAAGGAACUUAGCUUCGUUGGUUCAUCCAUCCGUCCAUCCCUAUACCACAUUUUCUCUCCUGCUAAGGUUUUCCUUCGGCAGCAGGGAUGGGGAACCUGUGGUUGUUGGAAUACAGCUCCCAUUGUCCCUGACCAUUGGACAUGCUGGUUACCUGGGCUGCUGGGAGCUGGGGUCCAACAACAUCUGGAGGACCAUGUUAGCCACUCCUGCCUUAGGGACAUGGCUUUGGAAUGGCCAAUAGAUCAGUGGUAGAGCAUCAACUUUGUACACACAGAAGGUCCCAAGUUCAACCCGUUUCAAAGAACCAGCUGAUGCAGGGGAGAGCUUUGCCUGAAACCUAAGAGCCACUGCCAGUCAGAGUAGACAGUACUGGAUUGGAUGGGUUAAUGGCCUGAUUCAGUAUGAGGCGGUUUCAUAUGAGAACUUCCCAAAUUGCCCCAGGAGCAGAUAUUCUUCAGUUACCAAAGUUUCCUCUUUUAGCUGUUGUUGUUGGACUGCAGCUCCCAUCAUUCCUGAUCAUUGACCAUGUUAGCAGGGGCUGAUGGGAGCUGGAGUCCAACAACAGCAGGAGGGCCAUGGGUUUCCCCAGCCCUGUUCCAAGGGAACAGAAAGUCACCAAGGGAAGACUCAGGGUUUAUCUACACUUACCUUUCCUCCACUCUUUCCAUGCAUGGUCUGUGCUUUAAAGCUUGGUCGGAGCAAACGCCAAUCAAUGGAAAACCAAAAUUGAUAUUUGCUCCGAUUGAGCACUAAAGAGUGGCUUUUCACAGGGAAAGCUCAUGCUUAUAUAUGUGCUUGGACGCAGAGAUUUCAAUUGUGGACCUAUGCCUGGAAAAAGCGAGAGGAAAGGUAAGUAUGGAUAAGACCAGAGAGAGCAUUGGCUUUGCAUUCUUGAGUCCAUCACUGAAGAUGCUCCAUUAUCCAACUCUCCUUUCACAAAGUAUCUCCAUCAGUGCUGGCACCAUUAUCCAGCAAGGAAGGGCCUUUGGGUUUGGGGUGCCCUUUUGCUGCCUUGUUGCCAGCUGGUGACUGGGUGAGCGUGGGCAGUUCAGCAGCCUUUCCUGGGUUCUGGCCCGCAUGCUGAGCAGAAAGGGGGCAUGCCUUCCUUGACCGUUCAUGGUGACCCUUUUAUUUGCAGUAUCUUUCUUUGGAUUUUCAUUGACAACUGUAUAAUAAUAAUAAUAAUAAUAAUAAUAAUAAUAAUAAUAAUAAACAGGAAUGAGCAAAAAUGGUCUCUUAAAAUUCUCCAUGCCAUUCAUGGUCAACAAAUUUUGAGACUGGGGUUGUUGAUGCAUAUUCUUG